AUAAGUUUACUUUUGACAGAAACAAUUUGACCCUGGCACUAAUCUUUCGCAACGUAAAAAAAAUUUAAAUAAUUUGGAAAGUCUUGAAAAAAUUACAAAUUUUUGAUCGAAAGAUGUCAAAAUCUUCAAAAACGUCAAUAAGAAGCUUUAGAAAAUAUGGAUUGAGGAGAAAAAAUAAGGAUCUUAAGAACCUCCUAAAGCCUUACAAUUUCUGUUGCGAUAUCAACAAUCACGACGAAGAGACUCGCUAUGAUAAGCGAAAUCUACCAUUCUCAUCUUCUCUAAUGGUGUUAUCGCCAAUUCAAGAAUCCCCAACACUCAAGUUCCGCUAUCAAUUUACCGAACCAGCAGUAAACGCACGGCGAAAAAGUAAACCGAGGUCAGAAGAAUGGAAUCUAGGUGAAAACCCAGGCUCGAAAACGCGCGGACCAUUAUUGUGGUACCAAGAGGAUGAACUUGAGGUUGCCAAAAAUCAAUUUUGGUCUGAAAAGCAAAAAUUGUACAAUGAGGAAGCAGAUAAAAAUGCACUCAUUGGAGAGAAAAAAGGUAUACUCCACACAGGAAUCAAGGCAAAAAUGGGUUCAAUGAAGGUUGUUACUGGUCCACGAUGGUAUCAAGAUCUCUCGAUUCCACAACAUAUAUUUUCUAAAUGGCAUAAGAUGAAACAAGUACUGGCACUCGAAGCCACCAUGACAGCUGAUUAUGAGGAGACGAUAACUGUUAGAACGCAAAAAGCUCUUGCGAUCAUUGGCGUAACAUCUACCUUUUGUCGAAUUGAUCCUCCAGUUAUAAAAAAGUUACAGCGUAGAACUCAGCUUCAGCCGGUUCAAUUCUUGCGAGAAAUUUAUAGAAGAGUUACUGGGCAGUAUUUCGAGGAAGAAGAGUACAAAAAGACUUACGACUGUAAUGAGAGAAUUAUUCUAUCAGCAAUUGCAUUUUUGACACUGCCUGAUGCCGUAUUGGAGUUGAACAACAGGUUGCCUCCUAUUUCAGAAUCAGUAUUUCCUCCAAAACGUAAACUAUUUUUACCCUAUACUAUAUCACGAAAUUGUACUAGACAUAGCAUGAAGGACAGAUCGUUUAUCCUUGAUUUUGAAAAAACCGUUUUACAGCUUUACCAUCUCAAACGCCACCGCGUGGUAAUAGUUUAUAAAUCACCUUAUAUGGAGCCGCUCUCUUUGCCCCCUGACUGGGCAAAGUAUAGAACAUGCUUGGAUAAAUGGCGUGCAAAGUGCAAAGUCAUACCAAGGCCUAGAAUAAUUUUACCACAAUUGAAAAAAGAUAAACCGAACGAUCGUCUCGACUUUGGAAAUAAAACGUACAGUCAGGAAAAGUUUGAGGAUGUUUUACCCUCUCAAAACGAACUACCUCCAGAAAAUGGCACUAGCUUAACGGAAGCUAACGUUAAAGGUUUGAAAACACCGUUUGAUUUCUCUACUCCAACACUCCAGGAGAAUCAUAAGCAGACGUUCGACUUCACAUUCUCGGGAUUGGGAGAAAAAUCUGGACCGGUGAAUUAUGAAAUAUGCGGUACUCUGAAACCACCUUUUCCGAAAAGGAAGUCAUGGCUAGGGGAGAAGGAAGCUCAUUACAUAGUAUCGGGUAUAUCGGAGCACGAGAAUCCCCCAACAUGUCCGGUUACGUAUGUGAUGACGGGAAUUUCUUGCGUCACUCCAAACAACAGCGACGAACAGUUUUUUGCGGAAUUAAAACUUGGUGAUGGCCCAAAACGAGUUUACCCCACGGGUAGAAAAAAUUUAUCCAAAAACUGGCAAGAAUGGUUACAAGACGCAGAUGAACAAUUUUUGGAGGUGGAAAGAGAGGCGAAUAAGAUUAUAAAAAGUGUCGAAGCAACGAUGAGACUUGUCAUACCCAAAGGACGUUGCGAUGCAUGCUGCUCUUGCAGACAAACAAGAAAAACUGAUUUAAAAUCACGCUCAACAAAAACUCCUUACAUGGUGAUCGACAGUAUUGCAGAAGGUGACAAUCAGAACAGAUACAUUAUCGGAUCUCUGGCCAUGCAUUCGCCAGGUCCUAGUCCCACAGAAUCAACGGUGAACCUCUUAGAAGUAGUCGCGUCUAAGGAGACGGUGCAGAAAAAACUUUUGAUAAACGGUAUCACAAACGACAGUGGAGAAACGACAUAUUAUAUAUCUGGUGUCACACAGGAGACUCAGCACAUUCCGAGAAGAACAAUUGUCGCAGAACAUCUUCCGAAACCGCUACGGAAUGUUCCGCCAUGUGCUUGUACCAUUGAGCAGAUGUUUAACGAAGAAAAAACACCGAGUGGAAGUGGAGAUGAUAUACCUCAAACGAAGAAGGAAGGCGUUUGUUGCGGACAUAAAUACCGGCCGAAUGAACCGCCCGCUAUCACGUGUAAAAAAUAUCCUGGUGACAGAUCUUGCAGGCGAAAUCCGUUCGAUAAUAAGCUGAAGAGAGCUAUGCUAUCCAGAACCGAAACCUUGUGCUGUGAUGAAGCCGAUGGGCCGUCAGAAAAGAAGAAAAUGUUUACUCUGCCGGCUUUUGCGCCGUGUGGAGACGAAGAUGGUAUGGCGAUUUGCGGGGGACCGUGGGGUGCGAAGAAUAUUCCCGAUCCGAAAGUCAUUGCUGCGAGAGAGGCUGAGGCAAAACAGAUAUUAAAAGCACCUCCGUGUGGAGAUACACCUGGUAGAGCAGUUUGCGGAGGUCCUUGGGGCGCGGUGAAUCCCUCACCUAAAGUGCGCAAGUCGGGAGACGAUGAAGAAGAAGACGAGGAAGAUGAAGAUGAAGAGAGUGAAAUGAAAGGCGACCAGUUGAGCCCGAGGGAGCAAGCAAAACUAGCAAAAGAAGCUAAAGCAAAGGCAGAAAAGUUAAGAAGGGAACGAUUAAAACGUGACAACCUUUGUUCGGCGAGAUUUGAAGACGAGCUUAGUGAUAAAGCUGACGGUAAACGAUCCAUGGUAAAAGAAGCGCCACCCGUCUAUUGUGACUUUGAUAAUCAAUGGAAUAGAAUGCGAACAGCUCCCACCACAAAUCCAUGGCACAACGAGUAUGAAAAGUCUCUGAAAUUAACACAAGCAGUGAGAUUAUCUUCCAACGAUCAAGAGAUCAAGACACGAGGUGAUAAGGAGGGAGGAAAUUCGUUGAAACGAAAGCAAAAAACGGAGGGCCCUACUGAAUCAAAUUGUUCUAGGAAGAAUGAAUCUCUGAAAGAGGAUACAAACAAUAUCAGAUCCAAUGUCAAAGGACACGGCGUAAAGACAAAAGAUAAUGUUGAAGUGAUUUACAGUGGUAAACAGGUGACAGAAGGUCAGCCUCGUUUACUCAAUUCGAAUGCAGUUACCAAUGGUCAACAAUCUAAUGCCAAAAGCGGAGUUCUGGCAAGUGAAUGUGUACGAACUAACUCGCUUACUUAUAACAAAAACCGAAUAGAUUCUUCGGAAGAAAGUCGAACAACUCGUAAGGCCAAAAGUUUAAAAAGUGCCAACGUCUCUUGUACAGAAAAAAAAUCACAACCGACGAAAUUUGCUAAGUCCAAAAAGAUAGAAGAUGUUGAUAAUCGCAAAAGAAAGCGAGCUCAGAGUUCCGAAAAAAGUAACGAUGGUAGGAGUAAGCGAUCGAUGAAAAAUGAUUUCGAAAACGAAAAAGACAAGGAAAGGUUAAAAAAAAUUACAAAGGUUCAAAAAUCACCCCCCCAAAAAACUUUCAGGCAUGAGCGUGACACCACGUUCAAAAAACAUAAAACUAAAGUAACUCCUGGCUCGUCCUCAUCAGCUCCACAGGCUCAGGCAGUUUCGAGAGUUGGCAAAAAAUCUGAUGAGUACAAAGUAGCACCUGCAAUCAUUCCAAAUGAACCACGUAUGCCUUGUCAAAGACAGGACACACAAUCUGAUAGCGAAUCGGAUAAUUGUGGCUGUUCAGACGACGGGGAAACUAGUAUGAAUAACAAAAGCCGUAAAGAAAAAGAGGGACCAUUUGGGUGGAGAACUAAAUCCCAACAAGCACUUCCACGAGAAAAGACUUUGGUAUACCUCGUGGAACCACCUGAUCAAGUCGAUAUGGUAAAAGUAAGAGAAGGCGGGCGACCAUGUAAAUGCAGAGAAAACAGAAACAAGAAAAAAAUUCUCAUUUACAAUAUUGGAGGAGCAGUGAGCGUUUCAAAGGGUGGAAGGAAAAAUGAUCGGCCCCAGCUCAUAGAAGGAGUAACUUACGUAACACCUCCACAAAGCCCUAGAAACAGCAGUGAAUACAUCCCUGAGUACGAACUCUUUGAAUCUCCCUACAAAAUGUGCGAGCGAAAAAGAUCUGACCAGGAUCUAAAAUAUAUAGAUGAAAUCUCGACUCCCCAAGGUCUGUCGCCAAAGAAAGAAACUAACAAAGAAUCGUGUGCGUGUCGCGAUAAACGUGAAGAGUGUAUUGUAGAGAAUUUACCUGACAAGGAAAAAGACCAACGCACAGAUGACUCAAAAGCAAAGACACGGUCUUCGGCUCUGAAGGAUGACGGCUUGAUUGACUUCUUUACUAGCUGUCAGGACGCGGUACCUUGUUGGUUGAAGUGCGCGAAGUUUUCAAAAGCUGGUUGUUGCGCGAAGCCAAAAUUGUUACAGGUGAAAAAGCCUGUAUGUGAAUGCCGGUACGAGAGAAGGGUGGUAAAAAGAGAAGAAGAGAAGCAAAAAUGGUUUGAUCGCCAACAGCGUUUAAGAGCAGCGAAAAAACAGCCGUACAUGCAGGUUGCAGGAACAUCGAGGCCAAUGGGGCAUGACACGAAGCUCAUCAUUUCAUCAGUAAAAAAAGUUCUGCGAGACGGCGAGUUCAUUCCAGAAUCCCAGUACUGCGUUAGUGGAGUGGCAGAAAAUUAUGCUAUGGGACCUCCUCGGCAUAUUGUUCCUGGUAUUACGAUGCAGAGUCCUUUGGUCACCCCUGAACCCAGCAAACCAGAUAUUCUUUGCAUGUGUGGACACAGACAUUGGUCUCCGACAGACAUUACGGCAGGUGGAUUGGCACCGGAAGGUCUUGCCCUGCGGGCAAUAGACUAUCCGUGCAGAGGAAGAGAACAACGGAAGGAGAUUCCGAAUGAUAUUGGUGGAGGCAUGGAAGAGUCACUGAGCAUUGAUGAUAGUAGUAAACCUUACGUGGCCUACCACAGCUGCGCUGAUGGUGGCGGAGGUCGUAGCUCGAUUGCUCAAAACGGUGGACAAUUGCAUGAGAUGAAGAAAUGCAAACUGAAGGUUAAUAUUGGUGAGAAUGAAGUUCGCAACGCAAACCGUGAUGUGGAAAGAACGAAGUUAGGUGCGAAAAAAAUUACACAAAGUCUGACUGAAGAAGUAAUGAAGGAAACUACUCAAGCGAGCACUAGUAAGAAUAGGAGUAACGUGAAAAAAACGAUUACAACGAGAAGUGAAGAAUUUGAAAAUGCGGAAAAGCAGCAAUAUCAUUCACAAAAAAUUGCAUCAUCCACAAAUAAGACUCCGGAAUUAAAUAUAGACCCUACUCAAGGUAAUUCGGAGCAGGAUAAAUCAACUUCAGAAACUAAAAGAGAUUUAUAUGAAUUGAUGAAGGAUGAAUUGCAAAAGAUGGCCAGCGAAGAUUUUAUUCUAGCUAAACUACCUGAGUGUUGGUUGAUACCUCAGUUGAGAUCCUGGAUCGAAUACCGAGAAGGAAAAGUCAUCACUGACAGGAUGAAAAAUAAAUUGUGCGACGUUUCGAGAAAAAGAUGGGGCAUGAUGCAGCAAACCAAGAAACCCAGUAUUCCGCCACCAUCAUUGCAGUUAACUCCGUUUGAAAUUGCUACAAUGACUUUUGAUAGAGCGAUAGAAAUGAAAGAAAAGACUUCAGUCAUCAAAAGAAAGUACUACAGUCAACUACGUAAGAUGCGUGUUUGUGAAGCCCGUUCAUAUUGGCCUACAAUGGAGUUUGGAAAGUUCCCGAGCCUCAGCUUUAAAGAAGCGUACUUCACUUACAUGGCCGGAAAAGAGGCUGAUGGACACGUAUUCAGGCCGUGGAAAUUAGAAGAUUCUAAAAAUCAUUAACAGUACUAACUAUCAACUGGUAUAUGGAAGUACCCUUGCUUCCUAACUGAUAUAUAGUAAUUGGUAGUAUUAAAUGAGUGAUCAUAUUAUUCAUAGGCCAACUAAUAAGCUAUAUAUCCAUAAUUCUCCUACAGUUUAUAUUACUGCAAACAUUCGGUGAUAUUUUCGAAUAACUUUACCCGUUGUCACAUGAGAAGUGCUUGUAAAUUUUCCGUAAAUGAUUGUCAUAAUCUAAUGAUUGUAAAUAAGUAAUACACAA